UACACUCAGUGUAUGUGUGUAUUUGUGUAUGUUGUCUCUGUGAGAUUUGAUUUGUAGUAAGAUUAUCUGAACCAUGAUGUAUUCUAUUCAGUAGAAGGGAAUCUACCAGACAGAUGAGAGAAAGGGCAAAAGUGGCAGCUAGAUUGGGAAGUAAAAUACAGAAGUCACCAAAAAAGACCCUGCCUAAUGUCUACCCUCACACCCACACAACCCCACAACCUAACUCUCUGGCAUAUCCCUCCCGUGACCUCUCUCCCUCUCUCUCAGAUGUCACCAUGGUGAUAGGAGAGGUGGGCGGGGCUGUGACUAUCCCCUGUACCUCAGACAUCUGUGAGAACGAUCUGGUCUUCAUGUACGUACAGAGACCUGGUUCCAACGGAAAUAAUUCCCAGUUCAUUAAUGGCUACCAUAUGAAUAAGGUCUUAGACCCUAAGGAGUACACUUACCGUACGAAAGUAGACCCCAAACAGCUAACAAUGACGCUGUUGAGUUUAUUGCCYUCAGAUGAGGGGCUGUACGAGUGUCACAUUCAAUACAAAACCAAGAAGAAGCAGGAGAACAUACAGCUCAAUGUGACAGCCAACUACAGCAUCCCCAUUGUAACGGUGGCCUGUGACAACGUCAGUUGCUUGGUGACGUGUUCCUCCGACAGUGGUUACCCUCUUAGGGACAUUGAGUGGAGCCUAAACCCUCCUCUGAACCAGAGCCAAUGGAGAGUAGUGAACAGCAGUGAAGUGAGAGACUCGGCCUCUAUGCUGUUCUCUGUCUUCAGUUCCAUAUCUGUCAACUGCUCCUCCGGACUCCGGCUGAACCUCAGCUGUGCUGUAAGGGGUGCCCUCUCACAGGAACACACUGUCUGCUGGCCUCAGACAGGUUCUCCUGGUGUGUAUGUGACCUCUGCCGUUGUGGCUGGUGCUGUUGCUCUGCUGUGUUUCCUGCUGGCUGGGCUGUUUGUCUUCAAGGAAAGGAAGGCUCGGACAGCCAGAGUUGAUCAAGAUGCGGAGGAAGCAGCAAGGCCAGCCGAAAGAGUACAGCUCACCUGUAGGAACCUAGAUUCCUAAUGGAACUUGGAGUCUGUAACGUUGCACAUUUGGAACGCAGAAUACGGAAGGUUAUUUUAUUGAUAUGAUAUCAAUAAAUCUGAAGUGCUGCCUUCUGAUGGGACCAGGGGAAGGUCACUGAGGUGAUCUAAAUAUUGCCUGGACUUGGUGUUGUUGAAAAUGAGGUUAACUUUCCUCUCCACGCUGGAGGACAGGCUGGACAUGAGAGGUGUUUUCAUGAUGUUGAGGAAGACUGGGAGUUGUAUAAAUAUUUAACCAGUAUGUUCAAAUGACUGAGUUCCAAUGAAMAACUAGACAUGCAAUGACUGUCCUCAAUGUGUGCACUAUUGUAAGGCCUGGAGUUAUCCAGGGAAAUGUGUUAGUCAACAUACAUGUGGAUUAGGACUAAUAACCUGCACUGCACUUAAACAGAGUGUGCACUUAUCAGGGGUUGACUGUAUUCAACUGACUCAUGUGCAAUUGUAAACUGUGUAACUGUGAAGCUAUCUGUGUAUUAACCACAGUUUACGCAGUACAGACAUGGCCACGACUUGGGGCCUGGUUCCUCUCUAGGUUUUUCCUAGGUUCCUGCCUUCUAGGGAGUUUUUCAUUAUCUGCGUCUGUAUUGCUUGCUGUUUUUGCUAAUGUAAAAAGGGCUUUAUGAAGUACAUUUGAGCUGAUGAACGGGGGAAGUGAAUGUGUUCGUCAGGAGACAAACUUAUAUUCCAGUUCCUAUACCUGCAUCUACCAGUAAGACUGAGUCCAUCCCACAUGUUACUGCCAGUAUGAACUGGUUUUAAGGAACUACAUAACAUGUGCUAGUUGUUCAGUGAGACAGGAAAAGAUGGAUGAUGAAUGAAAAAAUAUUUACUGAUUAUUUCAGGAUUUUAAAAAAUUGGUGAAUCUUUGAUAUGUAUGCUACAUAUUUAUGACAUAUUAUGUUCUCAUGUAAAAUAAUCUUGAAGGCUACAUAAUAUUUGUAUCCUAUUUUUGAUAAGUUAUGAAUAAGUUAUUUGUGUUAAAUUAUGUUUUUCGACUUUAUACUAGUGCAUUUUCUAUUUUCUCUGCUUCGAUAUAAUUAAAGUGACAAA